AUGACCACUUCUUCUCAUAUUAUAACCAAAACCACCACAUUUCUUAUUCUCCUUCUCCUCUUUCUAAGCUCUUUCAGUAUAUGUCUUGGGACUAGAACCCUAAACUCUCUCUACAAACCACCCCCUAACCUUCUCAAAUACCACAAUGGUCCUUUACUCGAAGGCAACAUCCCCAUAUCCAUUCUCUGGUAUGGCAACUUCAAACCGUCACAAAAAUCCAUCCUCAUUGACUUCAUACUUUCCCUAACUCCUUUCCACCAUCCCCACACAUCAAACAGAGCCCCCACACUGUCUCAGUGGUGGAAAACAGUGGAUGACUUGUUAGCCAUGGCAGGAAAAGCAAAAACCCACAUCUUUAUAUCAGAACAAACCACAGACAUCCAUUACUCACUAGGUAAACACCUCAACAAGUCUCAAAUAGAAAGACUAACAACAAAGAGAGCUAAAACAACAAAAGAAGGUAUAAUGCUGGUCUUGACGUCUGAGGACGUGGCCGUAGAAGGCUUCUGCAUGAGCCACUGUGGUUAUCACAGUUCAUACUCCGGCGAGAAAGAAGCUUAUAUAUGGGUUGGAAACUCAGUGAACCAGUGCCCGGGCCAAUGUGCAUGGCCAUUCCAUCAACCUUUGUAUGGACCUCAAAUGGCUACUCCAUUGGUGUCACCAAACGGAGACGUAGGAGUUGAUGGGAUGGUGAUAAACUUGGCAACGUUGAUUGCCGGAACAGUGACUGAUCCGUUUGGGAGAGGGUACUUUCAAGGAGAGGAAGGUGGCGAGGUGGAGGUGGUGGCUGCUUGUUCAGGGGUGUUUGGGAAAGGGGCAUUCAGUGGGUACACUGGUGAGGUGUUGGUGGAUAAAACAGGCAAUGGAGGGAGUUAUAAUGUUGUAGGGUUGACAGGAAGGAAGUUCUUGGUUCCUGCUAUGCUUGAUCCUUCUACUUCCUCUUGUUCUCCUAUGGUUUGAUGAUAUAUUCUUGCUUGCUUUCAUUGUUUGUUUGUUUAUUAAGUAGGUUCAAGGGGUGGAUUAUUUUAUAAUAUUGUGUAAUACUUUAUUUGUGUGUAUUAUCAGAAUAAUUUGUGUACCAAAGAG